AUGGAAUCCAAGGCGGGGAAGAAGGGCCCAAAAUUUUCUGCCUCCGAUAUCUCAAUCCCUAAUGAGAAAAAGUUGAAGUCGAUUUCCUGGAGCAAAGAUCACGGAUAUAUUGCUUGCGGUGGGGAGGAUGGUCUACUGAAGGUUUUGAAGCUUGAAGUACAGGGUGAGUCCAAAUCCAAAGGACUUGCAGCUCAGACCAAUUUGGUGAUGAACCAAACACUUGAGGGGCACACAGGAUAUGUUCAAGUCAUCACGUGGAAUGAGAAAUUCAAAAAGAUUACCACCUCGGAUCAACAAGGACUCAUUAUUGUUUGGAUGCUGUACAAAGGCGCCUGGUACGAAGAGAUGAUCAAUAAUCGGAACAAAUCGGUUGUCAGUAGCAUGAAGUGGGACACAGACGGACACCGAAUAUGCAUUGUGUACGAAGACGGUGCUGUGAUUGUGGGUUCGGUGGAUGGAAACCGGAUCUGGGGAAAAGAACUCACCUGUGGAAAUCUAUUAGCGGUCGAAUGGUCCCCGGACAGCGCUCUGCUGCUGUUCGGGCUCAUCACUGGGGAGGUGCUUGUCUACGACUAUGCGGGAAAUUACUUGUCCAAGGUGUCAAUCUACUGCCUGAACAACAUUCACGGUGCAGUGCGUCUUGUUGGCCUUCACUGGUAUAAUGGUGGAAAAGGGUUGGUGGAACCGAACUGUCCCACGUUGGCGGUCUGCUACGAUAUUGGACGAUGUCAGCUGAUGCGCCAUCAUGGCGAUACCGACCCAAUUCUACUGGAUACUGGGAUUGAAAUCGCCUGCUCCGCAUGGAAUGAAAACGGAUCCUUACUUGCCGUGGCUGGAGUUCAAAAGAACAUUGGACUGUCAAACGUCGGUGCGGGAAAGACUACUGAGCGAGAUAUCAAUGUUGUGCAAUUUUACAGUGCAUUUGGUGAGCACCUCAGAUCACUAUGUCUUCCCGGAAAAUCUUUGACCUCCUGCGCUUGGGAAGGAAGUGGUUCGCUACGCCUGGCUCUGACUGUGGACUCGUUCAUCUAUUUCGCAAAUUUGCGACCCGAUUAUAAAUGGGCUUACUGCAACGCAGCCAACACGAUCAUCUACAGUUUUGCACGGGCUGGAUCCCAGGCCACAUUCGUUGUGUUUUGGAAUGUGAAACGCAACUUGACCCGCAUGAUUUCGGUAAAUCAACUCACUCAUAUUUGUGCUGCCGAGGACUACGCAUGUCUGGUGUGCAAAAAUGACCCAGCGGGAUCUGGGUCCACACUCACUCUGUGUAAUGCAAUGGGAAUCUCGUUGAAUUCAAAACGAAUUCAGCUAGAACCCACGCAAGUUCUGAUGACCGGAAAUCAGGUUAUUGCAGUUACCAAAUCGCUCAUCUACGCCUGGCAGUUUGCCAAUCCCAAACAGCUGACCGGCCUGACAUCUGGUUUAUCCUCGUUUGGACGAGCGCAUCGGGAAGGAUUUGAAAGACUAUGUCACAUUGAUAACCAGAACCAAAAACUAUCCGAAGUGUCGGGAGAAGAAACGCUGCUGCAAGACCGAAUGAUCGACUGGACCUUGGCCAGGAAACCGGCUUCUCCGGAUCCAGUGAGCACAAUCGCCGUCAGCGGUCGUCGCCAUCUAUUUGUCGCACGACUUUCUGGUAUUGUAAAUCACUAUCGGUUACCUGAUUUACAUCUGGAGAGUACUUUUCAAGCAACAGACACACGGCCGUACAGAAUGCAAGUCAACUGUGACGCAAGCAAGCUAGCUAUUGUGGACGAUUCUGGAGUACUGACCAUGCAUCUGACAACAGAUGGUACACCCAAUGGAGGUGCUUUGCUAGAGGACCGCCAAAAAUUGAACGACUUCGUCCGCAAAGAUGUCUGGGAUAUUCGGUUUUCCGAAGACAACCCAGACAUGUUUGCCAUAAUGGAAAAGACGCGAAUGUUCAUCUUUGACCGAUUGCAAGCAGAACCAGCGAUACAGACGUCCACUUUUAUAUGCAGCUUUCAUAAUUUGGAAGUCUUGGGUGUGCUCCUGGACGAACUGGUGGCACUUGAAGACCAACCAUCAAAGGAUUGUCUUUUGCGUGUACCAGUGAAGGUUUUUCGUGACUGCCAAUAUGUGUUGGAGAAAGAAGGACCAACCAAAGCCCAAGAAUUGCUGGAUGCUAAUCCACAUCCGAAACUUAAGCAACUGUUGGCUGAAAGCUGUUUGGCUCGGCAAGAUUUAGACACUGCUGAGCUCGGGUUCGUCCACUGUCAAAAUUACGCGGGCAUUCAGUUUGUCAAGCGCCUUCGAAACGUUCAGUCAAAAGUUAUUCGAAAGGCUGAAGUUGAUGCAUUCUUUGGAAAAAUCGAUGAGGCCGAACAGCUUCUGCUGACCAAUGACAGAUCAGACCUGGCAAUCGAACUUCGUAAGCGGUUCGGUGAUUGGUUCCGAGUGGCACAGCUGGCCAAAGACUCUGGGGCGUUGGUCAAAGACGCAGAACUUGCCGAGAUUUGGAAUUGUAUCGGUGAUCACUUUGCCGAUCAAAUGCUAUGGGACAAAGCGGCCGGCUACUAUCGUCAAGGUGGAGAUCUCACAAAAUUCGCCGAAUGUCUGUAUCAACUGGAGGAUUACAAUGGCUUGGAGCGACUGGUUGAGGAACUGCAGGACAACCAUCCUUUACUACCGGAACUGGCUCAUCGGCUGGCAGAUAUCGGUCUGGCCCAACAAGCUGUCUAUGCCCUAAUCAAGUGUAACCGAGUACAGGAGGCGAUUGAUGUUCACUUGGAAUUGAACAACUGGCAGUUAGCUUUGGACCUGAUCAAUCAACACAUUCCGAUUACAGCAGGAAUGGGGAACUACCACAAACAGCAACAGCAACAAAAGAUUGACAGCCUCUUGAAUCAGAAUAUUGCCCACCUGUUGGACCAAGGUCGCAGAGUGCAUGCCGUGGAAUUGUUUAAACGAGCGGGAAAGUUCUUACCAGCAGCGGAAUUGAUGUAUCAAUGCUGUGGUGUAUCUUUUGGAGCACCAAAAGUGUUCAUAUUGAUCAUAGUCACCCUUUCGGUGCCUAGCUGCCAUACCACCGGAAGGAUGCACGAGGGCUGGGAUACUGCCAGGUUGCCCAAGCCUAGACAGGGGAAGUCGAGAGGCAGACGUCGGUUUCGAACCACGGACCUUGCGGAAGCUAGAGACGCAGCUCGCAAAGGAACUACAUCACUACUUCAGCUGAAAAAGAUGUAUGUCGUCAUUGGACUGCUUAUGGAACAAUACUAUGAACAGAACAAACUUCAAGCUUCCGCGAAAGCAAAAAUCACAAACUGUGCUGAGAGUGUUAUGCAGGCAAGUUCGACAUUAGCCGGAUUGCUGUUGGAAGAACGGGAACGUACGGAACACCAAGUAGAUCAAUUAACCACCAAUACGGAAACCAACAAAUCCAUCUGGAACGAAGCUCUCGGCCGAAGUCGAAAACCCGAUGCCGGUGACAGACCGACAGAUAAUUCCUCAUCCAGUCUGGAGAGGACUCCGGAUAAGUUCUCGACGGGAAUCGGUGGGAGAGCACAAGUGUCCGAAGCGGGAACACCCUUUGUGAAUAACAGAAGAGCAGAUAUCAGUCGACUGAUUGAUCAGCCUUGGCGUGGUGCGGAAGCCUAUCAUUUUCUGUCAUUGGCUCAGAGACAACUCUACGCGGGUUCGAUUGACGAAGCUCUGAGGACUGCGCAACUGUUGCGGGACUAUGAGGAUAUUCUCGAGCCUCGAACCAUAUAUAGCCUCAUUGCUAUGUGCGCGAUUUAUGCCAAGGCAUUUGGAGUCUGUUCGAAAGCAUUCACCAAACUGGAAACUCUCCCUAAUCUCUCUUCUGCCGACCGGAAGGCUUAUGAACGAUUGGCGCUGGAUAUCUUCACAAUGUAUCAACCAAGUGAUCAGCAUAGAAAUCCCGAUUCCUACGAAAUGGACUCCAUGCUGGAAAGUGAAACAAAAAUCCCAAUCUGUGUGGUUACAGGCCAACCGGUAACAGAUUAUCAAUUCUGGAUGUGUCCCACCUGUAAACACAGUGCCUACGAACAAGAGAUUACACGACUACACAGUUGUCCCCUGUGUCAUUUCCCUGUCCAAUAGACCCAAACUACCGCCCGAUCUACCUCUCGAUUGCAUUUCCAAAUAAACUCAUGUUGUC